AUGAAGCCGUUUACCUGUAUUUUCGUUAUCCUCGUUGCCCUGCUGGCCGGCAGUCAGGCGACGUUGGACAGUCUCCUUGGCGGCGGCGGCGGCGGCGGUGGUGGUGGCGGUGGACUCGGUGGUAUCGGCGGUGCUGGUGGUGCCGGCGGCAUUGUCCAGCUGCUGCAAAGCAAACUGGGCGGUCUUGGCGGCGGUCUGGGUGGAGGACUUGGCGGAGGACUUGGCGGAGGACUCGGCGGAGGACUCGGCGGCAAACUAGGCGGCGGCGGCGGUGGCGGCGGUGGCUACUCUGGCGGCUACUCUGGUGGCCGCUCCGGUGGCUAUUCUGGCGGCUACUCCGGCGGGUACUCCGGCGGCUACUCUGGUGGCCACGGCGGCGGCUGGAAGAGCGGCGGCGGCGGCGGUGGUGGCGGCUGGUCAUCGGGUGGCGGCUCCUCUGGCUGGCCCAGCAAGAUAAGCAUCAGUGCCUGGCCUUCCAGCGGUGGCGGCAGCAGUGGUUGGUCCUCAGGCGGCAGUGGCUGGAAAAGCGGUGGCGGCGGAGGCGGCGGUGGCUGGAAGAGCGGCGGCGGAGGCGGCGGCGGUGGCUGGAAAUUGAGCUCUGGCGGCGGAAGCGGCGGCGGUUUGGGCGCUGGUUGGUCUAGCGCCUUGUCUAGCCUCUCAGGCUGGAAGUCCCAAGCUCUCUCAAGUCUUAGCAGUGGCUGGAAAUCAGGUGGUGGCGGCGGCGGCGGCUGGAAAUCAGGUGGUGGCGGCGGCGGUGGCUGGAAGAGCGAAGAGCUGUUCGCCAGCUGCAACAGCUGCCCUAAAGUAAAGACUUGA